UAACCAAGCUGCAAGCUUUUUCCUAAAAAGCCAUGGAGUAUUUGUGUUUACGUUGAUUAUACUCUCUCUCUCUCUAUAUAUAUAUAAUUAUAAUUAAACCCUCUCGUCUCUCAAUUACAAUUCCUCUCCUAUCCGCCAUUUUUCUCCUUUCCCUCCUCCUUUGAAGCAACAGCAACAACAACGACAACAACAAUGCGCCAAGUUUAGAAUACAUGUACAAAUUUGAAGCCACGCAAUCGGUCCCGUAUACGCUCUGCAGCUUUUGAUGGGUUUUCUUUUUAAAUUCAUCCGCCGGGGGGGAUAUAUCCGUUGCCUAUUCUCUUAAAGGCUACGUUUUGAUCGUGGAUCGCCGGGUCUAGGUUCGGCGAUGAUGACGUUUGCUGCCGGGGAGGGGGCGGCGGCGGCGAAGAGUCCGGGGCCGGGGGAGGAUCGCGAUGAGGCGUAUUAUGUGAAAUUGAGGAACGAUGAGUUGGAGGAGAGCAGCGGGGACUGCAUCGGCGGGGAUGGGUCGACUUCUUCCCAGGCGGCGGAGGCGGUGGUGGCGGUGGGUUGUGAGGUCGGUGGUCGGUGGUGGUCCUUCUGGUGGUGGGCCAAGCUGCUCCUCUUGCUUAUCUUUCUUGGCGUUUUGGCUGCCGUUUUUCUCAUUUGGGUCGGCCCCUUCUUCAUGGAUAAGGAAAUAAUCCCGAUAUUAAAUUGGGAGAUGAAAACAUUCAGCCCUCCAGUUCUAGCGGUUUUUGUCUUUGGUUCUGUAGCACUAUUUCCGACCUUUCUUUUGCCUUCUACUCCCUCCAUGUGGGUGGCGGGGAUGACUUUCGGAUAUGGGUAUGGGUUUCUGCUGAUUAUUGGAGGUGCAGCUAUUGGAGUUUCACUUCCAUAUUUCAUAGGCUAUCUUUUCCGCCGCAGAAUCCAAGUGUGUUUAGAAAGAUAUCCGAAGAAUGCUUCUAUGAUUAGACUAGCCGGUGAAGGGGAUUGCCUUAAUCAAUUCCAAGCUGUGGCAUUGAUCAGAGUAUCUCCAUUUCCUUACAUAGUAUACAAUUAUUGUGCAAUGGCUACGGGAGUCAAGUACUUUCCUUAUUUGUUGGGUUCACUGGUAGGCAUGGUGCCAGAGAUAUUUGUCGCGAUUUAUACUGGCAUCCUGAUAAAGACGCUUGCAAAUGCUUCCCACGACCAACACUCCCUAUCAGCGCCACAGAUCAUCUUCACAGUCUCCGGUUUUUGUCUCACCGUGGUCACCACAGUACUAAUAACAGUAUACGCAAAAAGGCGGCUCAAGCAACUGCAGGCAGACGAUGAACUGUUGCUGCAAUGAACUCCCGCCAGCUUUAUCUCUAUCGCCCCCAACAAGACCCACCCAAAAUAGGCCUAGACCGCCAAUCGCUUGAUGGGGUUUGAGCUUUGGGAAUAUCCUAGUCCCAAAGGCUCAUCAAUAAGUACUAUUACUGUACAAUGGAUGCACAAAAAGAGCUAAAAGAGGAAGCCAUACUAACACCGUAACACCACUAACAUUUUGUUUCUGGCAGUUUGUAUAAAAGAAAAAUAGGGUUUGCCUUUUCGCUUCUUCACUUCUCUGCGUUAUCUUUGUUAGUCAUCCUUGUUCAUAUUUGAAAUCCACUGUAUUCUUCUUAUGUUCCUGGACAAUUAUUAAUUUUAACUUAAAAUAGUGAAAUUAUCUUUAUGAAUUU